AUGGCAUUUCCCUUCUUACGGGCAUUUGUGGCGCUCUUUCUCUAUCGCUACGUUCGCCUCGUGGUCAAUCUAUUUUCCUUCUGGUCAUUUAAGCCGAUCCCACCACCGGAGAACCCGAAAUUGACCUCUCAAGAUGUCUCGGUUAUCAUUCCUAGCUUGGAUGGAUGUGGUGAGGAAUUGGUCGAAACAAUUCGCUCUAUUUUAGUCAAUCAGCCCAAAGAGAUCUUGCUGGUGACUAUUGAGGCCAAUCGGAAGAAGGCUGAGCAAAUGAUCAAUGCGAUGCCCGCAAGCGAGAAACAUAUUCGCCUUUUCACUAUCACUCACCCUAAUAAACGGCGCCAAAUGACCAGGGCCAUCCCCGAGGUGAGGACAGCAAUAACUGUACUAGCUGACGACGACGUGAGCUGGCCUUCUACCGUACUACCGUGGAUUCUCGCGCCUUUUGAGAAAAGUGAUCGAUAUGGAGGCGUGGUGACCUGCCAGCGAUUGCGUCGAGCUAUCGCGCCAACCCUCUCACAGCGCGUCUGGGGGUUCCUGGGAGCUUUGUACCUAGAGCGUCGCAACUUUGAUUGCGGGGCUACGACCAAUGUGGAUGGUGGAUUACCAUGCAUGUCUGGGCGGACAGUGGCAUAUCGAACCACGAUUCUUCAAGACUCGCAAUUUACAUACGAUUUCACUAAUGAAGAAUGGUGGUGGGGGAAGUAUCAACUCAAUGCCGAUGAUGAUAACUUCAUCACUCGCUGGAUGGUUAACCAUAAAUGGGAGACCUUUAUGCAGUAUCACCCUGAAGCGGAGGUGCUCACUACACUGGAGGAUAACCCCCGAUUCUUGAAGCAAUGCGCACGUUGGUCUCGAAGCAAUUGGCGGAGUAAUCUCACCAGUAUGUUUCACGAGAACACGAUUUGGCAUCGUCAACCUUGGAGUGCUUAUGCUGUCCACUUGACCACACUAUCGCCUCCGGCCCUUUUAGGAGACUUGUUAUUGGUCUGGUUGUGUCACCGAGCGACUGCUUCGUGGGGUGAUCUUCUUCAUGAUCGUGCUAUGAAAGCUCUCCUUAUGUGGAUGUUCACUAGCAAAUGGAUCAAAUUGUUAGGUCACUAUAUCAGGUAUCCUGUUGAUGUGUUCCUUCUACCUGUCUCCAUUGUGUUCGGAUAUUUACACGGUGCAAUCAAGAUGUACGCCGUCAUGACACUAAAUGUGACAACAUGGGGUAGCCGUGACGGUGCUGAUGAUUAUGACGCCGAGCGUAUGAAAAAACGUACCGAUGCCGAUCGCAAAACGCAGCUCAAAACGCAGCAUUACUUUCCUGGCUUCUUGACUUCAUCAGCUAGUGACGGAUUCGGGAUCCGUCCACAUUACGCUCAGCGCUGA